AUAGUAUGCUGUUGUGAAUUCUUCUGGCCACCUGACCAACAUUGGGAAUGCCGAGUUCUCCCGGUGACCGCUUUGAAAGGAUGCGUGGAGAUGGAGAAGGCCUACUUACUGGAGCCGCGCGACGCCUAUCGCGCAUAAGAAUACCUUUUCGCGCUCCAUCCCUCCUCGAUCGCUCAGCGCCAUACUUUAGUGGUAUCAAGCGCUUUGGUAUUAGCAAAUUCCAGCACUACUGGCAGGACCCCUUCCACACGCUCCUCAACCUACCAUGGGGGAGGUUCAUUGCAAUCUUCUUCGUUACGUACGUGAUGGAGUUUAUGGUGUUUGCGUUCCUAUUCUGGAUCCAGCCCGACCACUGCAUCAGUAACAAGGACGGCAAGUUCGCGCACGCUCUCUGGCUGAGCAGUCGUACGGCAUCCACCUUGGGGUACAACGAAAUCUCGCCCAACCCCAACUGCGCCGUAACCAACCUAACGGUUAUGUUGCAGGUGAUUGCCUCCUCCCUCAUCAACUUCAUCAUGCUAGGGUUGGUGUUUGCGCGCUUCUCGGCGCCCUUCAAGCGGGCCUCGACCAUUAGGUUCAGCAGCGUGAUGGUGUGCAACCGGCACGCCAGCGGCUACUGGUGCGUGUCUCUGCGGGUUGCCAACAUCCGCAAGCACCAGAUCCUGAAGCCCAGCCUGCGCAUGGUGCUGACGGCGGUGGACUCCAUCACGCCCUCCAACUACCUCUUUGAGCACCUGGCCAUCGAGGGGAUCAGCACGCAGGAGACCAACCUUGAGCUGGGCUUCCCCGCCAACGUGACGCACGUGAUCUCGCCCGCCUCGCCGCUCUACAACCUCUCACUGCUGGAGAUGGACACGCGGAUGAUGGAGAUCCUGGUGUUCGUGGACGGCAUCGACGCCAUGACCUCCAAGAACCUCUCCGCGCGCCACGCGUACAACACCAACGAGGUUCACGUGAACGAGUCCUUCCUGCCGCUGCACCUAGAGAUGCGCAACGGGGCGCUGGGUCUGGACUUCAGCUCCUUCGACUCCACCGCGCUGGCAUCCCUGGAGCUGCUUUCCGAGCACAACGUGGACCCCAGCCUGGCCGAGCGG